AUGGAGCCGCCAGCGAAACGGGCCAGAGUUGGCCAUGCGCCCUGGGACGAUGACGACGAGGAGGCCAACGACGACGAGCUGUCGCUCACCGCAACACAGUUCGAGGCGCGCCAGGACCCCAUGUACCAGCUGGACAAGAAGCGCGCCAAGUCGGCCUUCAAGCUGCAGUCCAGGUUCGAGGCCAUAUUCGCAAAGUACGCCCAGGACUUCGAGGGCGUCGGCGACGAGAUUGACCUGCGCACCGGCGAGGUGAUCGUGGACAACGGACAUCUGAAGUCGCUUCAGGACGACGAGGACAAGCCCGAAGACGAAGAUGACCGAGACCAAGACGAGCCGCGGAAGCCACUGGGGAGGCCUGCCAGGCCCAGCUCAAGACCAUCCAUACCAGCCAGGCCAAGCCUUUACGGCGGCCCCAGUUUGUUACAAGAUGGCUGGCAACGAUCACAGGCCUUCAACACGGAUGCUACAUCGGGUCCUGUUGAUCCCGCAUGGCAGACUCCCGAGCUCUCCACAGCUCCCCUACAAAGCUACCCAGGCUUAGGCAAUCGCGGUCCUGGCUAUCCGUCUCAGCCUUACCCAGGCCUGAGUUCGCUUUUUGGCGGUCAAAGUCUUGAUCCUUUUGACCACUUCAAACAUGAGCCUUAUCGGAGGUUUGCCACUGCCAAAGACGUGACGCCCAAGUCACUGUUGGUGCAUGUCACGGACGAGGAGGACGACGAGAACGAAUGGGAGGACCAAGACGAAGAGGAGGAUGAAAUAUUGAUGGGCUUGUCAAGUGAGGAUAGAGUCCACAAUCUCCAAACUCGGACUGCGAAGCAACUCAUGGCGAACCCGAGCGCAACCUCACAUCCUCCUGUCACCACGAAAACUUUGGACGUCACGGGAAGCCGCGCAGCGGUAGGAGCUACAAGUACACCGAAGAGGGGGCCCGGACGGCCGAGAAAGAAGCCCGAUGUUUCCUCGGAAAUCCCAGAGCAUCCUGUACCGGAGCAUUUGGAAUCUGAUCUGGGCGCUGGGUCAUCGACCACCACCGACGAAUCUGCUUCAGAAAGCGAGGAUCUUCCCGGGGUGAUACCAUCGGCCGCGAGCGCACGUGGUGACUCCAGGUUAACGCAACAACGGGCAGUCACAGGGGUCCGAAUGCAAGAGCAGACCCCCGUCACCGAUGACUCCUCCGACUCCAACAACCGGAGAUCUGCACGAUGGCGAAAGCAAACAGAGUUCUACAGUCAAAUCAAGUGGCUAAAGACAAGGCAGAAAUGUGACCAUGUGGACGAUCCGGCUAUCACGCCACCUCCAGAACCGAACGCGGUGGUGCCAAAACCGAAGACAGUCAGGUCCCCAGCACGAGAAAACCCGCAACCCGAAGCUGCUGCAGUGCCAGAAGUCCCGGGGCCGAAGCAGGCAGAUGCUGGUGUGGACGAGCAGCUUGAAGAUACCGAGGCUCGCGUUCUCGUGGUUUCGGGUUUGCUAGACCCAAAUUCGGCCUCGGAGGAUCGGACUGUCCCGGACUCCCAAGAGCCCAGCUCUUCACUGUCAAGACGAACAGUUGCCGAUUCUCAGGCACCGAGCUCCUCCUUGCCUAUUCCUCCGGGUUUAGAGACUAUCAACACUACCAGUGGCGACGCAGGAGAAGGUGCAACGGAUCAGACCUCACAAAUAGCACCGAAGACUAUCUCCGGAGGCGUUGCCGGCCACGAAUUACUUGAGGAAGCCAGGUCACCCGAGGACAUAACGGAGCCGGGCAUUCCGGAGUUGACGGAGUCCGGUAACCCCGACGAUGUUCCCAACACCGAAGUCAAUGCCGACGCGGAUAAUGGGAGUGAUCAAGAAGAGGCCGAAGGGGAUAUCUCCGCAGACCUGUCCGUCGAGCUUGGAGACCCGUCACACUACGAGAUAGGAUCACCGAGGGAAGUAAGCGAGGUUAUCGCUGAGCCGGACUCGGACUUUGCAGAGAUCCCAGACUCCGAGCCAAGCAGCCCCGUUGCGAAAACGACGAGACGCCCGACAUCACCUGCUUUCAAGCUGGUAGAGGACGUGGAGACUUCACCCAGCGUGCUGCGGGUACGGCCCAGUCACCGAGAUCCCUUGCCAGAAGGCGCUACACGAUUGAGCACAACAGCCCCCGAGCAGCAGCCAACAGGCCCGUCCCUAGAAAAAACACCAUCUUCCUCGGCCCCGAAACCACAGCACGCGCCUCACCCCCGUAUCUCCGGACCCCGAAAACCCUUGGCGCCGGCCUCUACAGCGAACCCGCAAACCCCGAGGAAGCAGCGCACUUCCACCACGACCUCCCGGCCAUCCUCGGGCCGCAGCGCCGGCCGCCUAACCCCGUCGACCAAGCGCCGCACGCUCACCUCGCUGGUCCCCGACGCGUCGGACGCGUCGGACGACGACGACGAGCUCAGCAUCCUGUCGUCCUCGGUCGCCCGCACCCCGACCUCGACGGCCUCGCUGCGCGCCCGCUUCACCCGCGCCGCCUCGCACUUUGCCUUCCUCUCGGGGCCACCUCCCUCCUCGGCCUUCUCCACGCCGCGCCGCACCCACAGGCACGCCCACGGCCUCCUCCAGGCCUCCUCGAUCACCACCACCCCGCGGUCGCGGACCGCCGCCAACGCCGUCCACAGCUCGCCCCUGGCGCGCGGCGUGCUGCUGGGGACGCCGUCGGCCGGCCGGUCGGGGAGGAGGACGGGCGAUGGCGACGAGAACGCAAACGGAGCCGCCAGCCCCGUCGGCAGCGUGGUCAGCACGCCCGGGGGCGGGACGAGCGCGCGGCGGCGUUGCGGCGUCGAUGGGUUCGUGUGCGGGCGGGACUUUUGCUUCACGUGCUCUGCGUGA